CUGUUAAUGGCCGGACAGUCCGGGCAGCCGUUAUCGGGAGGCACGGCGCCCACCGGCGGCGGAACGGGCGGUGGAUCCACUGGAGGUCAGCCGUGCUGCGAAUCAGGACGUCCGGUGCUCACGGAUCCCUUGACGGGACAGACGGUCUGCUCAUGCCAGUACGACGCCCAACUGCUUGGGUAUCAGCGUCUGGCCGCUUCAGGCCUCCCGCUAAACGUAUACGGCACCGCGGCGGCCGCUGCUGCAGCCGCCGCCGCAUACGGCUCCGAACAAGGCUUCCUGCCGCUCUCCGCUGAGCAGUCCGCAUUCUACUCGCCCACG